CAGCUCGCGCUACUAUGACAACGUAUUGUUCGAUAUGUGAUCCUAUGGCUAAUUGUGAUUUAUAACGUCAUAAGUUAAGUACUUCGAUGUGGUGUUUGAUUGGAUGGUGGAAUAGCUAAGAUGUCACGUGGUUUAGGUUGCUAGCUAUAGGGUGUAGCAUGCGGCAUCUUCUGGCAGUGGGGAUUCUCCUGCUUGCCGCCUCACACUGCUGUAUCGCUCAAAAUCCACCCCCUGAAGGGCAGGACAGCCCGGAGGAAACGGAAGAUCCUGCUUCAACAACAAGCCAAACUGAUUUGAAAACCGAAAGUGAGAAAGAUCCUGUUAUUCCAACGAGCCCAAGUGAUUUGAAAUCCGGAAAAAAGAAGGACCCUGUAUCACCAAAGAAGCUUCAAGCGAAAGAAACAAAAGAUAUUGGACUUAUUGGCAUCAAAGAUAAUGGAUAUGUAGCAUUUUAUCUGCGCGGGAAAUACUUAGGCCAGGAACACGGCACCGUGAAGAUGGAAAUACUGAAUCACUUCCAAAUAAAAGGAAAACCUGUUACGAAAAUGGAUUUUCCUCGACAAAAUGUCAUCAUCGAUCGAGCUCCGCUCCGCGGCCUUAUGAAGAAGGGGAAGGAGGUCGUGGCGCCGCUAGGUGUGGAUGGGAAUAAUCAGAGUCUCUACGUGCCCGCGGUGAUUGCACGAGAGGAGAAAAAUGGAAACUACCUUCUUAGACCAGUUUGCAAUAUGAAGGCCCCUCCCGCUGGAGUGUAUUAUAGCUUCAUCCACCCUUACGUCGGUCGCAAAAACAUGAAAGCAUCCAGCGAGCUCAACGCACACGUGCCGGCAUUUCACGGGCGACUGUACACACCAAAUAAGAGUAAAUGGUGCCCAAAGGGAAGCGAUACGGAGUCGCCUUGGCUACAGGUCGACUUGAAUGGACGGUUUUACAUCUGCAGUGUCAGCGUCACAGGAAUGCAAAGCUUCCAUACUCCUUUCGAGCCCAAGCGGGGAGACCCGGAACCAGCUUACAUCAUCAACUUCAAAAUAUCGGUUUCGAACGACGAAGAACAAUGGAGAUUCAUCGAGGAAAACGGCAAGGAAAAGAUUUUCAAGCGCACCAAGAGGUUUGAGGCAUCCUCUCACAUUCUAGACCUGGUUGACGCCCCGUACCGUUACGUGAGGUUUCACCCGGUGGCUUAUCAUCAUUCUCCCUGCAUGGGCAUAGAGGUGUUUGGAUAUGGCAGCGUUCGAGGAGUGACGAAUCGUCUUUCUUUUCCACUACAGGAUCUACGCAUGAAAGGGUACGUGUGUAACCUCCAGAACGAUUGCGACAACAUACCCGAUGCUGAGUGCUCCCACGAGGGCAACGCUCCCGGUUCAUACACGUGCAGAUGCAUGGCAGGGUACCGUGGGCCCAAGACGACUUUCUCACCGCACCACGCCAGAAACGUUUCGUGUACAGAUAUUGACGAAUGCGCGGAUAAGCAAUCCAGAUGUCCAAACAACGCGGUUUGUAAAAAUACUGCUGGCUCAUAUGACUGCGUAUGCAAGAAGGGUUUUGAGAUGUCAGAUGGCGAAUGUAAAGAUAUCGACGAAUGUUCGUUGAAGCCUGCGAAGUGCUCAAGUAAUUCCAUCUGCAGUAACACACAGGGCAGUUACAAAUGCGAGUGUGGCGAAGGUUUUAAGAUGCAGGGAAAUGUGUGCAUCGUCUCCCAGAUGCCAUUAGUUUCCAACGUUAAAGUGGAAACUGCUACUAACGGCGAUGUAAUCCCGUCUCCGGCCGAACAUUCUAGUAUUGUCUACAUUGUAUUGUCGCAUGUCUUCGUUGCCAUAGCAGCUGCUUCCAUGACAACCGCUGGAUUUCUUUAUUACCUCCUCAAGAAAAAGUGAACAAUGUUCUAAAUGAAUGAACUGUACUUCUUUAAUGUCACACUGUAACUAUCACACAUGGCAUUGUCUAUGAAAUACUAGUGUAUAAAAGUGAUUUGUCUAUA